GUGGCUCUGCGGAGGGAGGGUCGGCGCCGGUGGCGGUGGGGUGGCUUCAGCGCCCUCCUUGCCCAUAGCCGGCUUUGUCGAAAUACGCUGCCCACACGUGGGGACGCGUGGGGUCACUGCCCUGACACGGCCGGUCAGAGUGGCUCUUUUUGCCCUGAACUGAGCGUAGGAAAGUCAGUAGCGUUGGCUGCUCGUGCUUUGCUGUUUUAAGUAAAAGGCUACGUGCCCCUUCCCAAGCAGUAGUUAAUCCUGUGUGUUCAGAGACGUGGGAAAGGCGCGGCGUGGGAAGCUGAAAGAGCGCACUGAUGCAGUGCCAGGGGCUGAUGCUGGAGCGUGAGGUCGUGGGCAGCUCCUCGGGGGGGCUGUCAGUAGUGAGGCUCUGCUGCAGCUUGUGGUUCCGAGACAAUCCUAGCGUUAUUUAUGGGAAACUACCAGAGUGUCUCCAGGAGUGCUGAUUUGGCUGAGCUGUCCUGUUUACUUUCUGGUUCCGUUGUUGGAAGCUGUUGGUUUUUUUGGCAGGCCGUGUUUUUUGAAACUUGCAUGUUUGGCAGCAGUAUCAGACGUACAUUCGGAACAUGCCUUCCUUCAGCAGUCUCAUCAGGAAGGCAUUUCCAGCAGUUAUAUGCUGUCAUAAGGAAGUAUCAGGCUAAGGUCACAUCUGUUUGCCAAAAAAAGGAAUAUGGAUCUACGCGAAGUGUUGUCCGUAGACUUGGGACAAUUCUUUCCUUGCAGCCCUACCCCAGACCUUAUUUUCAAUUUGUUCAAGACCCAAGUCCAUUGUGUUAUGACGAGCAAAGUGCAGCUCCAGCUCCUGGGGCUCCAUCGCUUGCUGAUGUCCUGUGGGUGGCAAAUGAUGAAGGACAAGCAUGUACUAGACUUAAGACUGAAUUGAGGAGAAAAGAGAGAAGUACAGCUCCUCUUGACCUAUAUCCAUCAAUGCAGAGCAUUCCGAAAAACAGCGCACAAAAAGACGGUGUUGAUCAAGCAGCGCUCCAGAAAAUUUCUGCGCUUGAAGAUGAGCUGACCUUUCUUCGUGCUCAGAUUGCUGCAAUUGUUUCAGCACAGACCUUGGGAAGCACUUCCUCACAAGCCUGUAAAACACUCAGCACUCCAGAUGGAUUUUACCCACUGCCAGCCAUGACUUCUACGCCACUGUCCGUCUCUCACAAAUGUAAUUUUGUAAUUCCCUCGCCUCCUCCACUUCCUUCUGCUGCACCAUCUGGUGUUGAUGCUAGUAAUUCUGCACUGGGACUUAUAAAACAACGCCGAGCUGCAAGAAACAGUGAUUCAACUGCAGCUGACAGUACUGAUCUCCAGAGGACAAAGAACAUUCCCAGUAUGAUGGACGUUUUGAAAGACCUAAACAAAGUUCAGUUGCGAGCUGUUGAGAGGUCUCCUGGAGGUACUCCUCUUUCUAGACCCAAAAAGAGGCAAAGUUCGGAUUGGGAUCCAGUUGCUCUACUAACUCAUGCUCUAAAGCAGAAGUUUGCACAUAAAAACUAUGAUGAAGAUGAUUCCCUGGACAAAGAAAAUCAUUCUUUUGAUAGCUCUCCAUUUUCUAGUCCUGAGGUGCCAGUGGUUGGAUGCUGCAGUCUGAAGCCAAAUGCAAAACCCAGCCUUACAAGAACUGAUGGAGUUAAGCAGGUACCAGCAUGGAAAGCAAGAGCUCAUAUUUAGUGGAGACUUCCAAGGAAAAUUCAGUUUGUUUAAGUGGUGGGUCCACUUUGAAACUGCUGUAAGGUGCUGUAACAUGUUGUUCUAGAACAUAUAUUUCCUAUGCUGUUGAAGUUUGGGUGUUGCAGGGUUUGUAAAAUUACCUCUUCCUUCUCUUUGGUUUCUCAGUAGCUAAACUUGUGAAUGUGAUGCUUUUACAAGAGGCACAGAACUGAAAGAAGGCUUCCAUUGCUAUGGAGCAGUGUCUUUGGAACCUGGGAAGUUCAAGAAAGCAGUGUUUGUAUGGGGAAAACAAAAAUUUAUUGCUGUGAGGGCUGAGGUAUAUGCUCUGUUUGCACUCCAGUGUAAAUAACAAGGAAGUGUAAACUUUUUGUUAGUGUGUUAUAACUACUGUGUAUAAUGGUAAUACUUUUUCAUGAGAGUGGCAUAGUUGCCUUGGUAUUCUUGGCGGUUUACUGAUGCAACUCCUUAUUCCAUGUGCAAACAGUUUUCUAAUUUAUUUUGGGUGAGGAGAUGAGCUUUCAUGUUUGUGGAACUUUGUGCUGUAAUUAACCUGCAGGUCAUCUAUUAAAUGCCUGUAAUAUGGGGGAGUUGCGUUUUGAGGUGUAAAAAAGACCUUGUAGAGAGAUCUGCUUGCACACAGUCUAAAUUCCGUAUGUAAGUAAAUAUUAAUUCCUAUUUGGCAUGUGCAUCUAACUCAGUUUUGUUCACAAGAGCUUAUAAAAUAAAAUUUCCUUUCAUAUUGUUA